ACUUUCCAGAUGUUCCCGGGGCAGCUGGAAAACCAUACAUGGAUUGUUUGGUUGGGGAAUAUUGCUGCUCUGUUUAGGUUUGACAUCUACAGGAAGGUGCCAAAAGACCUUACACAGCCAACCUACACAGGGGCCAUUAUCUCUGUCUGCUGCUGUCUCUUCAUAUUGUUUCUCUUCCUGUCUGAGCUCACCGGAUUCAUAGCCACUGAAAUAGUUAAUGAGCUCUACGUGGAUGACCCAGACAAAGACAGCGGGGGGAAAAUAGAAGUGAACCUGAACAUCAGUUUGCCAAACCUGCACUGUGAAUUGGUUGGUCUGGACAUCCAGGAUGAAAUGGGAAGGCACGAAGUGGGUCACAUUGACAACUCGAUGAAGAUCCCUCUUAAUAAUGGGGAUGGCUGCAGGUUUGAGGGCCACUUCAGCAUCAACAAGGUCCCUGGUAACUUCCACGUGUCGACGCACAGCGCGACGGCGCAGCCCCAGAACCCCGACAUGACUCACGUCAUCCACAAGCUCUCAUUUGGGGACAAGCUACAGGUCCAUAACGUUCACGGAGCAUUCAAUGCCUUGGAGGGAGCAGACAAGCUCAGCUCAAACCCCCUUGCCUCUCACGACUACAUCCUGAAGAUUGUGCCCACGGUGUACGAGGACAUGAGCGGCAAGCAGCGCUACUCCUACCAGUACACGGUGGCAAAUAAGGAAUACGUAGCCUACAGCCACACCGGACGCAUCAUCCCAGCAAUCUGGUUCCGGUAUGACCUGAGCCCCAUCACAGUGAAAUACACAGAGAGGAGACAGCCUUUGUACAGGUUUAUCACAUCGAUAUGUGCCAUCAUUGGAGGAACAUUUACUGUAGCUGGGAUCCUUGACUCCUGCAUUUUCACAGCAUCAGAGGCCUGGAAGAAGAUCCAGCUGGGCAAAAUGCAGUAGCAAUGAAACUCUACCCUCAACUCCAAGGACAGGAGCAAAGAUUGAGAAAUCUACCACUACCUGUUUUUGUCUUUAUUUUCUAUUUGAUUGAAUCAGUAUGUUUUUCUCUAAUCAGGCUGCUCAGUGAAGACAUCUUCAACAAAUCAAAGAAAUCUCCAUGCAUUUCAGAGCUCUGAGAGGGAAAACUCAGUGGAAUCAGGGUGUGGAUUUCGAUUCCCUCCCCCCAGAAGGAGAGGUUGAAAUGCCAUAUGAGAUCUAAGUAAGGAUGGCAGCCUGUCCUCUGGGAGGUUCCUAUGGCAGUGUACAAGCUAGGGAGUAGGUGGCAAAGGGCUGAACUGUCCUGUGGCACUUUCUGGAGGUCUGUUGGAUUUGCAUGAUCAGACAAUCGACUUUUGUACAGGGCAAAAUUACACAUGAGGAAGAAAUUCCAUCCGUGGUGCCAAAAAGGUGAUGUAUCUGUUGGUGGGGAAUGGAAAGUGUUAGUUCCCACAGCAAACCUAAGAGACAGAGGGCAGAAAUAACACAUCAAGAAAUGUUUUGUGCUUCUGUUGAAAGCUCAGUCAUUCAGUUACAGCCUGUUAAACAAAGUGAGAAAAGGAAGCCUUCCCCAGCUACCUUUUCCUGAGUAAUCUGUGAUCCUAGCAGUGGAGGGCAUUUCUUUUACUCUGGAUGUAAAAGUGGUUUCAUUUCUUCCCAAUAACUGAAUAUCCAGUCUUGUGUUUACAGGUGGCAUGAAGUAAAAACCAAACUGAGCAACACAGUUUUAUGUGGCCUUUGCUUUGAAAGGGAAUAGUUGUCUUUACAGAAUUAGCUUUUAUUUCCUCUGUUUCUAAACACAGACCACCCAAAAGUCUGGAUUCUGCAUUUCUGCUA